UGGCUGAGGGCGGUCCUUCCAGUUUCCAACAGACAGCGGAUCGCCAGUUCUCGACUGCAUCAGGCCGAGACUCAGUCAUCCCACGAACGUCGAGUGUGCAACUAGAGACCGUCGGUCCACACGAUCCUGACAUCGUGCGUCGCGCCGCGCUCAAUUUCGAAGUGUUCCUCACAGUGUUAGAGAAAUGGUGCGUUGAAUUGAUCCCGCGAAAUAUCAGUGAACCAUGUUGUCCCUCACGCUCGUCUUGAUCCUACUCGCGGCCGCACGUUCCGACGACAUGUACUUGAAGAUGUUCAAGGAUCAAAAGAUACCGGACGAUCCGUGUUACGACGAAGACCGUCCCAAGUCCUGUGUACCGGAGUUUGUGAACGCAGCUUUCGGGAUGAACGUUAAAGCCUCGUCAACUUGCGGCGUCGUGGCUCCAGUUCACUAUUGCGAACCUCCGGAACCUGGAGCGACGCCUCAGUGUCAUAUCUGUGAUGAUCGUCAGCCAAAGACAAGAUUCCCGGCCAGCUAUUUGACGGAUUUGAACAACCCCAGUAAUAUGACUUGUUGGAGGUCCGAACCUCUACCUCCUGCUACGUCCAUCGACGCUCCACCGGAUAACGUCACCCUUACCCUCAGUCUAGGGAAGAAAUACGAGCUGACCUACGUUAGUCUGCAAUUCUGCCCACACACUCCUAAACCGGACUCGAUAGCCAUCUACAAAAGCCUGGAUUACGGCAAGACCUGGCAGGCCUUCCAGUUCUACUCCAGUCAAUGCAGGAGGGUUUACGGAAGACCCAACAGAGCGACCAUAACUAAAGCCAACGAACAAGAGGCUAGAUGUACGGAUGCACAUCGCUACACUGGCGGAGACAGUUUAGGCUUCGGUCAAACCCCAAGAAUCGCCUUCAGCACCCUUGAAGGACGCCCCAGUGCUAUGGAUUUCGACACGUCCUCUGUCCUCCAGGACUGGGUAACGGCAACCGACAUCAAAGUCGUCUUCAACCGCCUCCAUAUGCCUGUAUCCGACAACCUGGAUCUUCCCCCAAUCGACGAGCAUCUCCUAUCGGGAAAAGACGAAUACUUCACGAAAGAACCAACGGUGCAGGUUGUGAACGAGAUGCAGGCCUUCGAGACUGACGAUCCGAAGGCCGGAGCUAACACGAUCAUGAACACGUUUCAGCAGCAGCAGCAUCAGGUGACGCAUCAAUACGCGGUGGCGGAUUUGUCGGUCGGUGGUAGAUGCAAAUGCAAUGGACACGCGAGUCGUUGCGUCGUCGGCAAAGAUGGACAGUUGGCUUGUGAAUGCAAGCACAACACGGCCGGAAGGGAUUGCGAGAGGUGCAAACCGUUCCAUUUCGACAGGCCUUGGAGUAGAGCCACGUCGAGGGAUGCCAACGAAUGUAAAGCAUGCGAGUGCAACCAGCACGCACGCCGGUGUCGUUUCAACAUGGAACUCUACAAGUUGUCGGGAAGGGUAUCUGGAGGAGUGUGCCUGAAAUGUAGACAUUUCACAGCUGGAAGGCAUUGUCACUACUGCAGAGAAGGAUACUACAGAGAUCCCACUAAGCAGAUAACUCAUCGCAAAGCAUGUAAACCAUGUGACUGUCAUCCCAUAGGAGCUUCAGGAAAAACUUGCAACCAAAAUACUGGACAAUGUCCUUGUAAAGAUGGUGUUGUAGGAAUUACAUGCAAUAGAUGUGCUAAAGGAUAUCAACAAAGUCGAUCGCAUAUCGCACCAUGUAUCAAGAUUCCUGUAGUGCAGAUGAUGGCGACAGAAGAAGAAGAUGAUGGAUAUGGGGGUGAAGACCCUGACUCAAACGUUGGAGCUGGUGGCAGCAGUGAUGCAUGUGGAAAAUGCAAGGCUGCAACAAGAAGGCUUAAUUUGAAUAAAUAUUGCAAGAGAGAUUUCGCUAUAAUGGCCAGAGUUCUGUCCCACAUCGAUAAUAGCGAAGAUGAACAUACAAAGGGCUGGGUCCGAUUCAUGAUAUACGUAGAAUAUAUUUAUAAGAAAAACAGGGAUUCCAGAAUCCGAAAAGGUACAAUGAUUAUGGUUGUACCAGAAGCUGACCUCAAUUGUAAAUGUCCCAAGAUAAAGGAUGGCAAACAAUACUUAUUCCUUGGAAGAGAGAAGGACGACUCUCCUGGAGGUACCAUUUCUGGCAACUUGGGAAUCACCCAGCGGUCAAUAGUUAUCGAAUGGAGGGAUGAAUGGGACCAGAGAAUGAGAAGAUUCAGACGUAGGGCCAGAAAAUGCAACUGAAUUCCCAAUUCCCUAGUUGAAAAUGUUCAGCUUGAAAAGACGUAUCUGUAAAAUCGAAUGAUCAGCUGGCAGUUUUACUGUGAUUUAUGUAUGUCGUAUUUCAGUAUUCUGAAUUUUUGAAGAAUCCGUGGGAGCUUUUCGAGUAACCUAACAAUGCACUGUACCAAAUGCAUUUUUGUAGUGACUAUUGGUUAAUCCCCAAUAAUUAUUUAUUAGAUAACAGUUGUAACUUCCAUGUUUUAUAUUAUGUAAAUAUUUUUUGUCUCGAGAUAAAUGUCUAUUAGCGAUUAAAUAAUUUAUUUAUUCUACUCAGAAGCGUGUGUUGAGUGGCAGACCUUGAGAACCCAAUAAUAGUCAUUCAUUACCUAAUUUCGUAAAAUUUUGAGUCCCGUUAAACGAAAAAAAAAUCAUGCCUUCAUCAAAUAGAAAAAUAAGGAGACGAGAAAGAAUCGUUCAUCAAAAAAUUACUGGAUAUAAGAUGUGAAUCUUUAUGUCAUCUCUGUAACGGUUUUUUUUUCUUGUUCACUGUUUAUAUUAUUCUUACAAUUUUAUCAUUGAAGUUCUGAAAUGAAACGAUAUAUUUUUCAUCAACUCUCAUGAAUAUUCUUAAUUGUUGAACGAAUAGCAUAUGAUAAAUAUCAGCAUAUUUCGAUAAACCACUUCCUCAUUGAAAAAAAAUUCUAGCUUUGUUCGACUCGAUUUGAAAUUCAAUGAGGAUCUUCUGAUCUUUUCCGAUAUAGAUUAAAUAAGCCACCAAAUCUUUUUUUCCAAAGAAAUGUUUCGUUUUAAAACUCCAAUACAAUUUCCUAAAAAGUCAAUUUCUUCAAACAGAUGUCAGCUAGUCAAAGAAAUUUUUCAGUAGAUUCGUAUCAAUAAUCAGACUAACAAGACUCCAUAUUGCAUUGAAAUGAGUAGGUAAAUAAGCAAUUCAGAUAUCAUGUAUCCAAAAAAAAAAACUAGAGUCCCUUAUUUUACGAAAACAAAAGAUGAAACUAUAUAACAAUUAGUCCUCGUCUAUUUUUCGCUUCCUCAGAACCCAUAUCAGUGAUUCUUUGAAAUGUUGGACACACAUUUGACAUAGCCGUAAAUAUUGGAAUUUUUUUCCACCGAUGAGGCAAUAGUAGUUUGUUCUCGUACUUAAAAAGUUUGAUGGUCUUCCCAAUAACCUGAGUUUCGAAUUGUUAAAAUGGAUGACUAUUCUGUAUUUCUGUGAGUGGAUAAAGACUGAAUGGGAAGAUAUUAGGAUAAGAUUGUACAGUAUUAAAAAGGCAGCAUGGAUAUAUCAGUUAGCGGUUAUAUAGAUAGAUGCAUCUCCAAGAAUGUUAUUAACCUAUUCAAAAUUUCCAAUUCAUAUUAUUGUCGUAUACAUAAGGCAUAUUACUUAGUUCCUAGCGGAUAACAUUCAAUAAUAUCUUCAUGUUCUAGAAAUAUUUAUACCCAUUUGUAGAUUUAGACUAGAUAUUUUGAUGUUGUUAACAUAUCAAAUUUUAACGUGUUCCAGCAAUACCGAAACGAAGCGUCCCGUUACCUGCUGCAUGAUAUUCAAAGUGUAAUCUGCUCCUGCCAUUAUUUUCAUUUUAUUUUUGUUAAACUCAUUCAGGAGUGCGACUCGAAAUAUUGUGAAAGAGGAAGUUCGAACACAACUUUUUAUUAAUUUAUACGUAUAAAUGUAUAAAUACAAAAUUGCAUAUCUGUCAUUAACUGUGUUAUGAUAUUUAUUAUCGGCUCAAACAGAUUCGAACACAAUUAUCAUAGUUCGUUGCUUACGCCUUACUGAAAUAUUUCGAGUCGCCAAAAUGGGUCAUUCUGAAGAUUUCUUGUAAAUUCAUUGUGUACCUUCUAUUCAAUAAAAAUUACGAUACCAAAAUG